ACGAUGAGAUGUUUGUAGCAUUGGAGCUCUGGGUUUUGUCAAUGUCUGUGCAUAUUGUCAGCCGGUCUCGUCCUCAAAAUGAGAAAAGCAACAGAAAACCAAGGAAACACUCGAAAACAUACUGAAAAUUUAUCCCCGAGGAAUAAAGGUGGGUCGGAGUGUCGCAUCCUGCACCGUCAGGUGCUGCUGUCUGCUGAAAAUAACAGAGUAUUAAUUAGAUUUACACCGUGAUGCUGGUCAUAACACAACUGUUUAUUAUGGUGAACUUUAAGUUCCUGUAGAGCAGCCUGGUCAACCUUAGUAGGCAUUCAGAGUUGUUUUUACUGGGUAUACCUACCCAAAACUAAUAAAUAAAAUGCAGUUCAUUCAACAACCCAGCUAUAAAUAAAAAUAGAAAUAAUAAAUGGAUGUUUUAAAGAGGUUUCAGUUGAUUCAGUUUUGUAGUAGUUUUGGAGCAGUGCGUUUGUUUCCCUUUGAAGGUGGUUCCUGUAUUUUGUCCACCCCACCUUUGUGAAUGAGAGUAUUGUACUGCAUAUUUACAUGUUGAGAUGUUGCAAAUGAGGGACAUGCGAUAUGAAGAUAACUGGAGCAUUUACAAAACUAAUGCAAACACAGUGUUCUUUGUAGGAUUUAUAGAAAAUAAGAAAAUAGAAAAAAGAAGAGACAAACAAAAAACAAAAAAGGAGACAAAACGCCCAACUUAAACGAUCCCUAAAACUCCCACAUUAAAUUGGUGACACGAAUGACAUUACACUGUUAUCCUCUCCAAAUGUUGAAUAAAAUGUUGCUAGCUGGCAUGAAAUUAGUUCACCUGCUCAUUUCUAAUAUAUCUGAUCCUCUCUGCCUCAGAAGUACUGAAAAGGUCAUCAAACCACAUUUUAACAUUAGGGAUGUUUUUACCCUUCUACAACAAUAGCAAGCAACUCACUCAAGAUAAGAAAAUAGGUUAAAAGUCAUUUUUGAGCCAGUGUGAGGUUGGUAAAUGUUAAAAAUAAUUGUGUAUGGUUCAAGCUCAAUUCUUGAAUCGAGAAUUAUUUGAAGUUUUAUGACAAAUGGUGCACCAGUUCUUCUGAAUCUUAGGACACAUUAUAAAACAAUUUAUUAGACUGGCUUCAUUAGAUUGCCACUUAAAGUACAGAAUGGAUAUAGUGGGGGAACCAUUUACUGAUCUUAUAUUUGUGCAUAUGCAGUCUACGUGCUAUUUUCAGUUACAUUAGGCAGUGUUUGACAUUAAUAGAGCGUUCAUUCAUUCAAUUGUUACUUUGCAAUCUGGAUAUAUAAAGCUUUUUCCCAUUUCUCUCUUAUUGAGACGAGUUCACCUUUUCCCCCUGCAGAGCUGUUUAAAGGAUAUAUACCAGGCAAAGAGUAUAUGGUGGGAGCUUGACAAUGGAUCUAAGUGUAGAGUCAGUUACAGUCUCAUAAGAUGGUAUGAACUUCUGAACAUAGUCUUUUGUCUGACGGAUUCUGAGGAAGUUAAAUCUAGAUAAUUUGAAUAUGUCAGCCAGUUGUCUUUGUGGCCAGGGGUGAGUGGACAUAUUUAUUCUGCACUGCUAAAACACACUCCUGUCAGUGUAUAUGCAGUUAUAGCUAUGUGGUGGUGUAAUUAAUAUUUGGUGUGCUGUAUGGUGUUUUCAUGGAAGUACAUAUAACGAGAGCCAUGCAGUGCACACAAUGUUGACUCAACAGUCUAUCCAUUCAGUUUUUAAAAUACAUUAAAAGCCCCUAUGAAGAGGACAGCUAUCAAUGUGAUGUGAUAUGUUGUGAUUGUAAUUGUUAUAAUCAUGUAAUUGUCAUAGUCUUUGUUACUAAUCUUGUACUAAUUUUUUUUAGGGUUUUGGUGGCAGUGAGUAGCCUGACAUCACCUGACCGUAUCACAAAUGUGAAUCUGCAUCUGCCCCGAGCAAAUAAAACAUGAGUCAUUUGUCUUUUUUCCCAGGCAAGGCAGUGAGGGCUUACCCUCCCAAACUUAGGCUUGUUUGAACAGUGUUAAACUAGCAAGUGAACAGGUCCUUAGAUUUUCCUGGCGCCUUAUAUAACAUGCUGUAUUUUCGGGACCUUUUCUCCCUGACAUAACAAAUGUUUGAAGGUUUGGUAGUUGGCAAAAUCUUGUUGUUGCUUUUUUAAUUUAUUGAAAAAAUUGUCACACUUGCAGCAGCUUAAUUUAACAACAGUGUACAACAAAAGCAAAAUCAAUUGAACGGCACUUGAUUUAUAUGGAACAGUUUCAGCCACAGCUAUAAGCAUCAUGGGCCCUUGCUGGCUGACAAAUGACAACAGUGAAGGACCUCGUAAUCCAGCAGCACUUCAGAUCCCAUUUCACACCUUUUCUCCAGGAGACUCCAGUGAAGCCCUCUCAGGUCCCUAACUGGCUCUCUCACCCAUCUUCUAGGAGAAUGUUGCCAUUUCAAAGCCCUGAGCCAUGCUACAGGGACAGACUGGGUCCACCAUGGCACCCCCCUUAUCCUCCGGGACCAGUCCAUUCAUCAGGGUUUGUUCCAAGCAGCCCAACUAACAUUGGUGCCUCCGUGAAUAGGUUCCAAACCAUGCCAAGAGGCAGACUGGGUCCUCAGCCCCACCAACAGCGUCAACCCCCAGGGUCUUUCUGCCCAUCUGGGUAUGCUCCAGUCACACCAACUAGUAGUAGUACUACAGCUAAUAGGCCACCGGGCGUCUUUUACCCUGCACCCCCUCAAUUCAUGAAGGAUUUAAGCAACCACUCCCCAUCUUCCCACAUCAGGAGAGAUCAAGGGACUGAAUCCAAGGACAACUGGUCUUACUCAGGAAGCAAAAAUGUAACUGCACAAAGACAAGAAUCAAACAAGGCUCAAUCAAGCGAGGUGAGAGGGUCCAUACAAACUAUCCAGCUCCAUCGACCCCCUAUUACCUCAUCAUUCAACACCAGAGCAGUUCAAGGAGUUUGCACACUGGCCCCCUCAGGCUCAGAACACUGGAGUCCUGCCAGUGGUCCCUCUGACAGCCAGGUGCCCCCGCUUGUCUACCAGCCUUCUCCGAGUCCCCAGUCUUCUGUCAGCAGUAGUGGUUCCAGUUUACCCAACAUGCACAGUCCUGUAGCUCCUUGCCAGGACCAACAACAUAAACGAACACCUUCAAGAGAAAACUUAAUUCCAGUCGUGGACUAUAAUUGCUCAUCUCAGAAGAGGUGCAGGGAGUUUGAGGACUGUGACGACAGUGCCAAGAAACUGUGUCUUCCAGCUAUAAACACAGGCAAAGCACAGACACCAAAGCCUACUGUUGGCAACUCACUCAACACUUCACUGAUGUCUCAGCCAUCAUCGAUGCAUUCUUCAGUCUUGGAACUGUCACCCAAAACCAUCGAUCGCCAUCUGUGCUCAGAACCAGAACCAGCACGUGGUCAGUCAGCAUGCCUGGAACUGUCAUCCACGUUUAAACCCACCCAGUCAUCCUGUGCAUCACUGACACCCAAAACUUGUGUAAAGAGACAACCAUCAACAGGGGCGCAGCAAGCCUAUUUAAAUUUCACCCAGAAUCAUACUUUGUUAAUAGAGUUAAGGUCACCUCCAAAACCAGAUGAAGAGAGUUUGAGGAAAAGAAGCGUGGAAAACGAUAAAAGGGAUAGGUCAGACCCUUUGUUAUCCUCCGAGGUUCCCCAGAAGGACACUGGUAGCUCACCUCAUGCUCAGUUAGGCAACCACCUCUCUGGUCAUACUCACCGUAAUACUUCAGUCUUGCCAGUCAGGACCCUGAGCAGAGGAAAUCAUGUGGAGGAGAGCAGAAAGUCGGACAACAGCACUCCAAAACCAGCCUCAAAGACGAAUUCAGGUUCUCUGAGUUGUCGCACAGCAGAACGGACCAAAAACCCCCGUCCAAAAAGAUCUGUUGCAAUCCCUAAUGAUAUAGAUGAGCUGUUCACCCCUGAUCCCUUGACCUAUGUAUUCAGCACUGGCCAUAAGACUGUAAAGCUCAGGACAGAUGGGAUCAAAUCCCCAUCCUCAGAGAAAGGAUGUCCAUCCAGCACUGUGACCAGCUCCAGUACUUCUGUUACUGCAUCCUUGUGUCGCAAAACUGGUUCUUUUCAUGCAGUGGACACCCAAGACUCAUCAUCAGCUCCUCUCCCACAAGUCUACAUGCCAACUGUGGCAUUAGAGCGGGUAAAACUUGAGAACUUAAAACCCAUUUGCUCCAAAAACAGUAAACUCAAAAAGAGCCCCACCAGUUCUUCGGGCAGGCAGCUUAAGGAUGAGAGUGUUAAAUCUGAUGAGAAACACACAUCUCUCCUCCCCAACAAUGUGGGAACAUGCGCUUUAGAGAGUGAGACUGUGACCACAACUGCUACAUCUCAUCAUUCUCUGUCUCCACUGCUGGAGAGGCAGGUAAGUGAAGGGCGUAGAAAGAUGGUGAGUGAAGAGGAUCCUAUAGAUGUGGAGCUGGAUCUGGACUUGAGCUUUGCAGUAGAUGUGGAUCUAACCCAGAGCUCCCAGAGCAGUGAGGACGAACAGCUGAUUUCCCUGCAGGAGAUGAUGGAGCGUGUUACCAAGCCUCCAGAUACGCCGGAGAAGGGAGCCUUCUCAGAGCCCAGUACACCUGGACAUCGCAGCAGCCAGUCAAAAACUCAGCCAUUGCCAUCCACGACAAAGUGUGGUACCUACAAGAACAACCUCGACCAGAUGCUGAAGGAAAUUAACUCCACUAAAAGAGCCAAAGAGCUCGAGGCACAACUUCUAACUGCAUGUGAAGAGGACCUGUUGAGAAUAGCUGAAUACGAGGAGGCUGAGGAGAACCGAGAGGAGGGUGUCUCCACCGAACAACAGGAAUUCUUGCAGCGCUACUCUUUGAUGUCCAAUGCAAUCAGGGAAGUGCCUCCAGGAGAAGUCGUGUUCAACCUGGAGAAAUUUGGCCAGAUCUUCAGCCAAGAUACACUGCAGCUCAGACAAUGCAUGGUCAGUCCACAGGGGGCAGCACAGAAAACGCUUCUUUGGUCCAGCCCUGCUCAGCUGAGACUGCAUUUAAAUAUUGGAUUGUUCCAGGAAGCUUUCGACUGUCACUCGCCCUGUCCAGCUCAGGUUACCCGUUUCCUAUUCAAGAUGAUGUCAGUCCACAAUGAAAGGAUAGUAUCUGAAAAGAUUCUUCAGGCCCUCUGUGACAUCGCUUGCACAGCUGCUUAUCAGAUAGUGAAAAAUGGAAAUCAACAGUUUAAAGUGUGGGUGCCCAGUUUGGCUGAUGUGGCCUUGGUCCUGAUGAAUAUGGGAAUUGCGUUUGUCACUCUCUUCCCUUUUGAGAACCUGCAGCCUCCAUUCACAGAGGGAGAUUUGCUGGAGGACAUCUGUAUCAAAAGUGAGAGUCCCUCUAGUAACAAGGAGCAGACCAUUUUCCCCGAGCACAACUGCAACAACAUCCUGAAGUACCUGUCUUACUGUAUGGGCCUCUGUCCAAAGGCGUACAGUGACGAUGAGCUGCUGUUGUUGCUUACCGUGGUGGGAAGGGUGGGCCUGGACACACGGCUCAUCCUCCAGUCCAGUGUGGAACUGUACCCUUUACAGUACAAAGUUGUCAACAACAUCAAGGACUGGGACACCAUGCUGCCCAGAAUCUGUCGAGCCCUGACUGAUCUGACAGAUGACCACCACAACAUGUGCCUGCUUGUUCAACUGCUGCCUGACAACACACGUGGAAAGCAACUGCGGAGACAUCUGAGUCUGUCCAUGAUCUCAAAACUGCUGGAUGGAAAUUGCACUUACAGACCUACAGAAAAGGAGUUUCAGCUCUCUAAACUGAGGCCAUACCUGCCUCGUAUGCAACCCUCCACCCUUCUCCGAUGCAUGCUGAGCUCCUCCAGCAGGAGUCAGAAAGAGAAAGAAGACGACAUGAACACCUUAGACCAACAGUCUUACUAUCUCUGCUACAGCCUUCUGACCUUGGCAAAUGAAGCUUCCAAUUUUCAGUUCUUCCCAGCUCAUCAAAAGAAGCAGCUGCUGGUUUUAUGCUAUGAGCUAGAAACGCAUGUUAAGUGUGACAUUAGAGAAAGCGAGAAAUGUCUCUACCGGAGCAAGGUCAAGGACCUGGUGGCCAGGAUCUACACCAAGUGGUCGAUGCUCCUUCAGAGGACCAGGCCCCUCCAUGGUAAGCUGUAUGAUUAUUGGCAGCCUUUGUCUGUGGAUACAUUGACAAGCAGCCAAGAAGAGGAGGAGGUGGUCAACAGUGAUGAUGAAGAGGGGCCGGUGAUGGAGGAGAGUGAAGAAGAGGAACCCAAUGAAACUGGAACUGAAGAGGUUGCAAUGAUAUCUGAGGACGAGGACAAGGAAGAGCGAGACGAUACAACGGAUGACACGGAUAAAACAGAGGAUUACAUAAAGCCAGAUGAAACAGAGGCAGACGAUACAAUGGACACAGACAAGAUGAGGGGUGACGUAAAGCCAGAAGAAACGGUGGGAGAUGAUACAGUGGACACAAACGAGACUGGGGACGAUGUAAAGCCAGACGAAACAGAGGCAGACGGUACAAUCGACACAAACAAGAUGAGGGGCGACAUAAAGCCAGAAGAAACGGAGGGAGAUGAUACAGUGGACACAAAUGAGACUGGGGGCGACAUAAAGCCAGAUGAAACAGAGGCAGACAAUAUAAUGGACACAAAUGAGACUGGGGGCGACGUAAAGCCAGAAGGAAUGGAGGGAGAUAAUGCAAUGGAUGACACAAAGGAAACUGAGGAAGCAACACAAACAAUACUAAGGGAGUUGAACCACGAGAUGCCAGAGAUGGAGCCUUACGUACACGAGCAAGUGGAGGCUAGAAAUGCAGAGCAUACUGAGGUAGAAACUGAAAAUCUGGUUGAGGCAAGAAAAACAUCUCACCACAACCAGGUGGCAGCAUGUGAUCUACUGUAGUGUCAGUUUUAUUUGUGUUCAGCUGUUGCCUUAAUAUGAAGCGCAUUUUGCACUAUUUGUCUACCCAUCCUCUUUAAUUAACCCCAAAGUUUCAUUGUGUAUACAAAUACAAAUUGUUUAUUUAUGAAUAAACCAUUUUAGGAGAGAUCGCAGAGAUCAUAUUUUUGGUUAGUACUGCACAACCAACAAAACGUUGUUUUAUUGUAUGUCUUUUUUUAAAAUAACUUGAUGUUAAAAUCUUAUGUAAAUGACUUCUCGCUAUACCUCUUCACUUAUUCAGUUGUGUGCAAUUUGUAAAAUGUGGGUCACAGAUGUUACAUAUACAUUGCUGUAACUGUUGGCCCACAAAAACCUAUGUUUAAUUGGAGGGGUUUUUUACAUCCUUGUCAACUGUGUUCAUUUGUGGAAAAUAAUUUCUCAAGAAAAUAGUUCAGUGUCACAUUUGCUUUAGUAACUGAAAUACUGAUUUAUUGUUAUGUGUGAUAUGCUGCAAAUCAGCCUCGAGUUACAACGUGACACAUUUAAAAUCUACUUGACUAUGCAACAUGUUCACUAGUAAUCAGUUUAGAAACAGCAUCUUAUACUGAGGUUUCUCAGCCGUUAUUGUUUCAUUCAUAAAAAUGCGACAGGCCUUUUUCACAGCAGACACUGACCUGUCAAAAUAGGAAAAUCAUAUGUGCUAAUAACAUUAGAAAUGGCUCUGUUGUAUUCACGUCUCAGUAAGUUGUGACAGUGAGACUGAAACUGAAAGAGCUAAAUGGAGUUCAGCCAUAAUUAAUUUGACUGUUUAAACCCUUUGCUUUUGUCGCUGUCGCACGUCGAAAAUGUUUUCUGUGAAAAAGGCCUGUUAAAUUUACUUUGUAAAUAAUUUCCAGAUACACAUUAACUUGUUGAUUCCGUCAUAAUUUCACUGUUGUGUUUGUGGGUGUUUUGUUGAAUUACCCUUUGAUAAAAUAUUUUUUUAUUGAUUAAAAAAUACUUUUUUUUUUCUUUUUUUUUUACAGCUGUUGCCAAGUGGAGUAAAAUAAACUUUGUUUACGUGUUCA